AUGUCUACAGCAGCGGAUCGAAAAGCUGAAUUAGAACAAAAAAAGGAAAGGUUGCGUGCACUGCGCGAAGAGAAAUUCAAAAGGGAGGAGCUAAGGCGUCAGGGCCUCAGCGGUAUUUCUAACACGUCUUCGUCAGCUGAUCUGCGUGAUGAAGCUGACGCCCUUCUGAAGAACCUAGGGAUCGGCUCAUUAAAGGAGCCAAACUCUUCGGAGAUGGACGCAGAUUCGAUUGGAACUUCUGAAGAAGCAACUAAACCUUUCCCAAUCAUUAAGAAGCCAAAGAAGCUGCAAUAUUGUCUCGUAUCAGAGUUUGAUGUUCAGCCACAUCCACGUGAUAGUUAUGCCAAAGAAACCCAAACAGUGGAACUUAACGUCAACCGGGACCUCCUUACAUACGAUGACUCCCCGAUAGAGAACGAUGGUCAACUGAUUGGCAGUCCCUACGACGAUGAUAGGUCCGAUGCGAAGAUGCUAAAGAGCGUCCACGGUGAAAUCCCCAAACAGAGCGCUCUAAUACCCAAGGAAGAACUGCAGGAGUCUGCUCUUGUUGAGCUGACUGAGGAGCAGAAACAGCAGAUGCUUCUGUCGGAAGGAUUUCGCACUUUCUUUGACAGAUCCGCUCGGAUUGUUGAAAGGGCACUGUGCGAAAAGGAUCAGCUCUUCCAGGACUACACUAAUAUCGCUACAAAGGAAGAAUCGCAAGAGGAGCUACUCCCGCAUAUCUUGGAUCUCUACGCGGAGCACUGGAAUAGCAGACGUGCCGUGGUGGAUUUGGAUUGGUCACCGGUCUUCCCCGAGCUUCUAUUGGCCGCCUACAGCGCCAAUGAGGAGGCAGCUGGGGAGCCAGCAGGCUGUUGCAUGGUGUGGAACCUCAAGUUCCCCACUCGUGGCUCGCCCGAGUUCCGCUUUCACUGCAAUGAACCAAUCACCGCCGCCGCCAUGGUCCGCUUCCACCCUAACCUCGUCAUUGGUGGGACCUACUCAGGUCAGGUCGUGCUCUGGGACAGUCGAUCAAAUAAGCGGACGCCAGUGCAGCGUAGUACCUUCACUACACUGGCGCACACGCAACCGGUCAACUCGGUGCAGGUGAUCGGCUCGCAGAACGUCCACAAUGCCAUUACUCUGAGCUCGGACGGCACCAUGUGCUCGUGGAGUUUGGACAUGUUGGGUGCCCCGCGGGAGCACAUUCGUGUCUGUGAAGGCUCUGCUACCCCAGGGAGCUUAUUCGACCUCUACCCCACCUGUAUGGCAUUCUUCUCCGGCGAUCAGAACAACUUUGUCGUCGGUACGGAGAGUGGUAGCAUCUAUACCGAUCAACGGCACUCUACGGUGGUGACUGGUAUUGCGACCCACCCUAGUUCCUGCGCUAUCUCUUUCUCACACAUAUUCCUCUCCUCCUCGCUUGACUGGACUGUUCGGCUGUGGUCGGUGAGAGACCAUCACACUCCACUGCACACCUUCGACGACUACUCCGAGUGUGUCUAUGGUGUGGACUGGAGUCCCAUCCAUCCCGCUCUUUUUGUCGCUGUGGAUGGCAGCGGUCGACUGGACGUCUGGAACCUCAUUGAAGACAUUGAGGUUCCAACUGCGCGAUGGCUGAACAAGAAACAGUGGGCAAUGAACAAGGUUAAGUGGGAUACCACUGGCCAAUACAUCGCUGCCGGUGACGACGAAGGUCGUGUUCACGUAUGCGCAGUUGCUGGGCGAUUGGCUGUUCCCGGAGCGGAGGAUGCGACGCGGUUGGCUCAAGUCUUUGCUGGACUCAAAUCCGCCUCUGCUUCACUCAACCAGAAUGGUCUUCUCUAG